AUGAAUUUUAAUAUCAAUAAUAAUAAUAAUAGAUUUGUAUUAAGAGAAUUCUCAGAGGAAAAAGAUUUAAAUGCCAUUUCAUCAAUUCCAAGACUACCAGUAUCAUACAAUUACAAUGCAUUGGAAGGAAUGUCACAUCCAAUCGAUUUCACAAUCCGUCCAACUCUAACAAAGAAUCAUAAGAUUAUUGUUGCCGAAGACAGACAGGAACAUCAAGCUAUUGGAGCCUAUGCAUGUAAUAUCAAAGAUGUGAUUGUGUGUGGUGAAAAGAAGACAUUGUACUAUAUGUUUGAUAUCAAUGUUCAUCCAGAAUACCGUGGUCAUUCCAUUUCCAAUAUGUUUUUCAGAGAUAUUCAUAGUGCCGUCAAACAAGACAACCGUUCAACCAUCCUUGUCGCAUCGACAUCAAAGAAUAAUGCACCAAUCAAAAAAGCAACUGGAAACAUUGAAAUGACUCCACAAUAUGAUCAAUGUCAGAUGGCUUGGAAGGUAUCCAGUCCAGUAAGAGUCAACUCACUCCCAUCCAAUUGUUCACAAGUUAGAUUUAUGCAACUAUUAGAGAAUGAUGACAUCAAAGAGAGAUGGGAUAAUGCAUUCCAACAAUACAACUUUAUUCCAUCAAGUUUCUCAGAUAUCCUUGUCGAUAAUCAAAAAUACCAUGAAUCAACCUAUAUUGCAACGAUGCAAUGUAAUGGUCAAUUGUAUGAAGCAUCAAUCUCUAUUUGGAAUCAAGAUUUAAUAUUCACACUCAAGAAUCGUCAACAACAAACACAAAAACAUCGUCAACUCUAUUGUUGUUAUUCAUUGGGUGAAGAUCAAGAAACAAGUGACACUCUAUUUAGAUACCUUUUACAACGUGUACACAAUGAAUUGUAUUCUCAAGGCAUCAAUUAUGUAUUUGCAGGAUUCUCAAUGACCGAUCCAAUCAGACAACACUUUCCAUUACUUCCAGGUAUCAAAUCAUUAGAAUUUACAUCGAUUGCCAGAUUUUCAACUCCAACCGAAUUCACUCAAUUCAAAUCACAAUCCAAUUACCCAAUUUGGAAUGAUCCACGUGAUUAUGGUAUUUUAAUGUUAUAUCCAGAACAACACCAAUAUCAACAACAAAAUAAUUUUAAACAACUCAGCACUCAACAACCAUUGAUUAUAUCUAUCGAUGGAACCAAGUUAGAGAAAGCCACAACCAAUUUUAUCAAAGCUAACAAGAAGCUCUCUUUGGUAUGUGGCAAGGAGAAGUCAAUAGAUAAUACAAUUACUUCGAUGAAGAAGAUAGGUGGUCUGUACAGUGAUACAGAAGUAAAUAGAAGAUACAACCACAACGAGGUACUUAAAGCAGCAAGCGAAAAUUCAGCAAAGAGGUUGGCUUAUUUGACGCAUGUAGUUGGUGAAUGUGCAGAGCUUGUAUUAAAUGAUGAUUUGGUUUGGAGAACAAGAUAG